CCGUUAAAACACAUGAAGAAGAAGAAGAUGGCCGUCAGGGGCGCCAGGUUGUGUUGGGCUGGAAGCGGAAGCCGCAUCACGCCUUCCACAGCUCGUAUCUGGCAACACACUCGCUGCUGUCGUCACUAAGGUCAGCUACACGGAGCGAAGAUGGCGACCGCCUACGAGAGAUACAAUCUGCACACAACCCCUGAGAAGUUCUUCAUCGAGGCCUGUGAUGAGGGCGCUGAUGCUGUGCUGGCCAUCGACAGGGUUUCAAAUGAAAUGACCCUCACAGGUAAGAAGGAUGUUCCUCCCUCAGCAGUCACCAAGCCCAUAUGCGGCAUCAUGGGAACUAUUCGGCUGGUAGCAGGAAUGUACCUGAUCGUCAUCACCCGGAAGAGGAACGUGGGCAGCCUCCUGGGCCACGCUGUGUGGAAGGCUGUGGACUUCGAUGUGAUCUCCUAUAAGAAGACGGUGCUGCAUCUGUCAGAAAUCCAGUCUCAGGAGAAUAAGACCUUCCUGUCAAUGCUCAACAAUGUGCUGACUACAGACGGCUUCUACUUCUGCACUGACUUUGACCUGACGCACACGCUGCAGCGGCUGGCCAACACCAGCCCCGACUUCCAGGAGAUGAGUCUGUUUGAGAGGGCGGACCAGAGGUUUGUGUGGAAUGGGAACCUCCUGAGAGAGCUGGCUGGGCAGCCGGAGCUUCACAAGUUCGCAAUUCCAGUUGUCCACGGAUUCAUCGUCAUGAAGCCGUGUCGUAUAAAUGGGAAGAUCUUUGAGUGGAUCCUCAUAUCGAGGAGAAGCUGCUUCCGGGCUGGUGUCAGAUACUACGUUAGAGGCAUCGACUCUGAAGGUCAUGCAGCUAACUUUGUAGAGACUGAGCAGAUAGUGUUGUACGAAGGAGCAAAGGCUUCAUUUGUGCAGACACGAGGCUCGAUGCCCUUCUACUGGAGUCAGAGACCCAACCUCAAGUACAAGCCGAAACCAAUAAUCAGCAAAACCCCGAGUCACAUGGAUGGUUUCCAGCGGCACUUUGACUCUCAGCUCCUCAUCUAUGGGAAGCAAACUAUUCUGAAUCUGGUGAAUCAGAAAGGCUCAGAGAAGCCUCUGGAGCAGGCCUUUGCCAAGAUGGUGACGGGCAUGAACAAUGGUAUGCUCAACUACAUCGCCUUCGACUUCCACAAAGAGUGCAGCCACAUGAGAUGGGACCGUCUCCAAAUCCUCGUGGACACCGUCGCAGAGACGCAAGACGAAUACAACUACUUCAUGGUGAACUCUGAAGGAAAAGCCGUGGCUCAGCAACGAGGAGUCUUCCGCAGCAACUGCAUGGACUGUUUGGACAGGACCAACGUCAUCCAGAGCCUGCUGGCCCGGCGCUCACUACAGUCCCAGCUUCAGAGGAUGGGGGUUCUAAACGUGGGCCAGCGUAUCGAAGAGCAGGCCGAGUUUGAGAAGAUCUACAAGAAUGCAUGGGCUGACAAUGCCAAUGCAUGUGCAGUACAAUAUGCAGGAACUGGAGCCUUAAAAACAGACUUUACAAGAACGGGGAAGAGGACCAGGUGGGGUCUGCUCAUGGACGGUUGGAACUCCAUGAUCCGCUACUACAAAAACAACUUCUCUGAUGGAUUCAGACAGGACUCUAUCGACCUGUUCCUGGGUAACUUUGCUGUCGAUGAGUCCGAUGGACCCACUCCUCUUCGUGUGCAGAAGGACUGGAAGUUCCUAACACUACCCAUCAUCAUGCUGGUGGCGUUCUCCAUGUGUAUCGUGUGUCUUCUAAUGGCCGGGGACACGUGGACGGAGACCUUAGCCUACGUGAUGUUCUGGGGGGCGGCCAGUGCCAUCACGGCCACCAUCAUCCUGUUUAAUGGCCAAGACUUUGUGGAUGCCCCCAAGCUGGUGCACAAGGAGAAGAUGGAUUAAGUGUGUGUGUGUCUGUGUGUGUGUAGGUGUGUGUGUGUGUGUGUGUGCGUGUGUGUGUGUGUGUGUUGAUGUGAGGAGCAGCUGGGUCAAGCAGACUCAUAUACCUCAUCAUCUCUACCAUCUCUUUCAGCAGGUCUGGACUAAUUUGCUGCCCCGUACACGUUCUCAUUCAAAUGUCACCUUCUUUAGUUGCACUGCUCCUUCUCACGGUUUACAUUCGGUCAUGUACAUUCCCUCCGUACUGUUUAGGUCGGUUUUACUGCUAGACUGGUUUUAUUGGUGUUAUCUUGUCGGUUUCUAAUGAAAAUGCUAACGUUUCCUCCGGCUAGUGAUUCUUCUCUAGUGCUGAAUUACACUUCUCUUUAGUUUCCUGAACAGUUACGCCCAAAGAUUUGGCACUUAGAGAUGCACUUAUUACAAACAUAUGUGUUGUAUUUCCAUGAACAGACCACUGUAGGCAGAGCUCACACGCUGAGUUCUGGAUGCUAACUUGUGUAUGAGAUUAUGUGGCUAAUCUGUAUGAAGUGACCAACAUGUCUUCCUGUUAACCUGAGAGACGAUCUGUCAUGCCUUUGUGUUGUUAACGGCUUUCUUUACCAUCUUAAUUUGCACUUUGGGGAACCAUAACGCGUGCUACCUUUGUACAACCAUGUGUGCGUCUGUAUUGAAUGUCCAGACCUCGACAUCUGAUCCCACCUCUUUGAUUUAUCAGCAGUUUGAUUGACCCAAUAUGUCUGAAUCAGAAUAACGGACUAACAGAGAGUAACCUUAGCGAUGAUGGAUGGAAUUGGCAGCAACAGGUCACCUUACACGCAUAGAGAUGUGUUCUUUAUGAAAAUCACUGCCAAAGUGUUGGUAAAUUAAACGACUAUACCGUCUGGAAGUUUCUGCUGCAGGAGGUCACAGCUUACUUGUGUUUUUGAGACGACAAACUCCUACAAAUUCGUUUUUUGUUGAUCAGCAGCAGGUGAUGCAUCCAUGUCAUCUAAAUGAUUUGACCUUCAGCACCUAGAAGCUCAUGACAACAUCGCUCGUUGCAGUUUUUGUGGCUGUUUUUUUGCCACGUCUCGCCUUGGAUGUAGUUCGUCAGCCUGCUCGCUGCUUAGGAAGAUAACACACGCUUAAUUCAGCCUGAUUGUUUUUACCCAGAGUCACAAAACAAACUAGAAAAAUUGUGUUUAAGUCAGAAAAAUUAACCUUCGUCACAAAAGAAUGCUUCACGUUCAAACUCUGUUUCUUUCACUGUAAUGAUUUAGCGUUGGAACGAGCUGCUGCUGUCGAUCGCUGAGGAAUAAGAUGAUUAAAAGAGGUUCUUAGACCUAAACUCCAUCAGUAACCAUGGAAACUCGUAGCUUCCAUGUUCUGCCAUGCACCUGUUCAGUAAUGUUUUCUCCCUCCUGCGGUUUCGAGGUUUGGGGACGGUGUUGCUCCAAACUAAACGAGAAUCCUUACAGCUCCACUCUGAGAUCACUGCCUUACAGAGCUGCCCCCUGGUGGAGGGGACCCGUCAUAGAAGCAUUUAAUCGAUCCGAUUGGGCUUUGACUCCUUCUGAUGUUGAUUUAAAAUGUACAAAUGAAUUAAAGGAAUCGGUCACCA